GAUGACGUUGACACGAAACAGAGCGGCCUCAUGAUCGGGUUAUUCAUCCUGCCACCUGUAACAUCGUCAUUGUACUGCCACAAGACUGCUGUUAAUAGAGUAAGCCAUCAUAAUCAUUAAAUUCACUAAAAAAAAAAACCCGAAAGAAACCGAUUGCGCGAUUUGGAUUUUUGAGCUGGUCAGCUUUACGUUGGGUUCCUCUCACUUGAGCAUGUCCUCGCCGUUUGCCAUUUUUAUUUUCUGCGUGUUUACCAACGGUCCAGUGAAGCUUGGGUUUAUCGAGACGUUCUCGCAAACAAUCAGAUUUACCCAUUCGAUUUGUCAGCGUAAAGUCCAUCAUUUUCUCAUUGAACAUCUCUGGAACUAAUUUGAAAAUUGGGGGUUCAAAUGCCCAAGCUGGUCUUUUUAACUAAGGUAUGCCUUGAUGGAAGGUUGAAUAAAAGUAGAAGAAAAAGACUUCACAGUUAUUGACCUUCUCUACUACCAAGAGGAAGAAGAAAAUGAAACGGUAUAAACCUUUUUCUUAGGUAAAAAGUAUAUUCAAGAAUUGAAACUGGAAAUAUUGGCCUGAUUUGAUGUGUCAAUCCCUCCCAUUUUUAAAAACCUUUUAUAUAACAAAAACAAUUAGAAAACUGUGAUAUCUUUAAAAGACACAUAUGUUAGUUAUUUAUUAUUCCAUCAAACAUCUAAAUCUAUUGCAGGAGGCGAUGACUAUUCGGAUACUACUAUACAAAUGUAAUUUUUGGCCAGACUGUAAAACAAUUCCAAAUUCUGUCUUGAAAUUCCUGAAAUUGACCAAUGCUGUUGAGCUACACAACUACAGUAAUUAUACAGGACCAAUAGUUGUUCAGUGCAUAAAUGGAGCUGAGAAGAGUGGAUUAUUUUGUGUUCUACAAGUUGUACUUGAGAGACUGAAGAUAGAACAGGAUGUCGCUAUACAUCAGGUGAUUCAGCAGAUGCACAUUGUGAGACUAAGUAUCAUACCAAAUGUGGUGCAGUUGCACUUACGAUGCAGUUAUGGAGUUCUUGAACCAAUUUGAUGACUAUUCAAAUUUUCAAUAAAUGAAAAAAGUGCAAAGGAUAAUCAGAAAUCAUAUACAAACCUUAUUGAAUAUGCUAUAAAAAUGUACACUUAAACAUGUUUAUAUUAGUUCUCUGACUGAAUUUUUAUUGUUUACAUUUAUUUAGAAACAUGUUUGUAUAGCAAUA